UAAUAUAAAUAUAUAAAAGAAAAUUUCCAGGAAAUUAAAAAACAAUAAUGAUGAUAGCAUGCUAGUCAGGUCUCGUUGAUUGGAGACGCUGUAUAUAUAAACUGCUUUGUCUUCCGUUUGCUGGCCUGGGCUUUGAAGGUUGAAAGUACCUAUUUCCCAAAAUACCCAUCAGAAUUUACGCAAAGACAAUCUGGUUUUCCAUUGAUGGCAAAGCAAGUCGAUCAAGAAGGAGAGAAGGCUAGGUUCUUUGUGGCGGUUCAUGUAGGAGCGGGAUUCCAUGCGCCUUCCAAUGAAAAAGCACUCAGGUCCGCCAUGAAACGCGCUUGCCUCGCCGCCGCUUCACUUCUCCGCAAGGGCUCUGGUGGGUGUGUGGAUGCUGUUUCGGCGGCUAUUCAAGUCUUGGAGGAUGAUCCAAGCACAAAUGCUGGCCGAGGCUCCAAUUUGACGGAAGAUGGUCGUGUAGAAUGUGAUGCCAGUGUAAUGGAUGGUGAUUCUGGAGCAUUUGGAGCUGUUGGAGCAGUGCCAGGUGUCAGAAACGCCAUUCAGAUUGCUGCUUUAUUAGCAAAAGAGCAGACGGUGGGAUCUUCUUUGUUGGGUCGCAUACCUCCUAUCUUCUUGGUUGGCGAAGGUGCUCGCAAAUGGGCAAAGUCCAAAGGCAUAGCAGAAGCUGAUGAGUGGCUGGUGACAGAAAGGGCAAAAACACAGUGGAUUAAAUUCAGGGCAAUGAUAGAUGAUGCAAAAGCUAAAGCAGAAAACUCUUCUGUUGAACUAAAUUGUACUCCCGAAGAGACUUCUGGAAGAUCAGAAGCACAAUCAUGUUAUUCUUUGAAGAGGGAUGGGGAUGAAGAAGAUUGCAUUAUGGACACUGUUGGAGUUAUUUGUGUUGACACUAAUGGACACAUAGCAUGCGGGGCCUCCAGUGGGGGUAUUGCUAUGAAGGUUGGUGGGCGUGUUGGAUUAGCAGCAAUGUAUGGUUCAGGUUGUUGGGCAUCCUCAAAAGGUCCUUUUGGGGCUCCAUUUGUAGUCGGUUGUUGUGUAAGUGGUGCUGGUGAAUACCUAAUGAAAGGAUUUGCUGCUCGCGAGUGCUGUGUCUCGUCAUCUCUUUCACAAGUGGGUCCUGCCUCAGCUUGCAUGAAAAUUUUACGAUCUGUUGUCCAAGGGAGCAAGGAUAGUGGUGCCGAUAGGAGUGCUGGAAUUCUGCUUGUGCAAGCUGACACUCCUAUAACAGUUUCAGGAGGUCCUCCAAAGCUGAAAGCUAUAGAGAUUGCAGCUGCUUACUCUUCGUUGUCUUUUGGAAUAGGCUAUUUUGGGAGCUCUAUGGACCGGCCCAAGGUUUCAAUCCUUAGGAGAAAAAAUCAGCAAAGAAGUGGUGUAGACCAUUUUGAAGCACGGAUUGAUCUUUCUGGAGACAAGCUGCUAUGAAUGCUACCCAGCUUGUAGAAAUUAUUUCAAUGAACCUUCUGAUGCUUGAGCACAUUGCUGCCCUUAGCCGUCAGAUUAGUGACAAUGUUACUGCUGAAAAUUAAUGUUGAAUUGUACCAUGAACAAGUUUUAAAAAGAAAAUUUUGAUAAUAUUGUCAAAUGAAUGGAUAGAAAUUGUUGUA